AUGACUAAGGAACGCAUUACGGCUUUGAGUCAGGAUGAACCUCCAAGUGUACAGGCUAGCAAGGCCAAGAGCAAGGUCCCUCGCCUAGGGCAGAAGGAUGCAUCUACCACAUCUGUGAAGCUUAGGAAUGUCUGCGUGCCUUCUUCGAACAAGCAAGUACCGGACAAGCAAGUACCGGGCAAGCAAGCACCAGACAAGCAAGUGCCGGACAAUAAAGUAUCGGAUAUUCCAGCAAAGUCGAGGUUCUUGCCGUCAGGUAUACAGCCACGAUUCAAAGAGCCGUGGCGCCAUGAGGCAGAUGAACCGCAACUGCCCCCCAGAAGCAAGACUACCUUUUGCUUGAAGGGUUUGUUGAAAAGUAUGACCUAUUGGGAUAUUACCAGUGUCAUUCGCGGCGGCUCUUUGUCAGGUUUGCGAUGGAUACCUGGUACUGAGGUCGCUUUUCUGUCUUUCGUGGAGGAAGAAAGAGCUAUGUCAUUCUAUGACCAUGUACAGAAAAAUGGCCUCUACAUUCAGGAGAAAAAGAUCCACGUCUCCUGGGCUAGUCGCCCAUACCGUAUCAACAACGAACUUACAGUUCAGAUUCGUAAGGGUGCAAGCAGAAACCUAAUCAUCCGAGGCUGCGAGGGAAAGCUUACCGAACGCGAGAUUCGAAACGAUAUGGAGCAUAUCGAUAAACUCGUCAUCAUCAAGGUCAUAUUUUCGGAUGGCCAUUGCCAUAUCAAGACCAACUCGAUCUUCGACGCUAUGACCACCAGGACGUGCAUGCUCAGUAGACGAAAGUAUAACCAGUGGGUGAUCCAAUGGGACCACGACGAGUGUUCUGAGCCACUUGAAGGUCCACAAGAGUCACGUUCUCCGAAGCAGAAGGCUACUUCCAGCAAGGAGCCCGCUGCCCGCGGUCAUAACCGUUUUGCCUCUCUUGGUAGAGAGGAUAAUGACAACUCUAUUGACAACGACAACCUUGACAAUUAG